GGGGCCAGCGGCCCCACACUACAAGUCCCAGGCUGCCCGGCCCGGCUCGGGGUUUCCUUCCUGGGCGAAGGGAGGGAAGAUGGCGGCGCUGAGCAAGAUCAGCGCCUUCCUGAAGAACGCCUGGGCCAAGGAGCCCGUCAUCACCGUCUCCGUCGCCAUCGGCAUCCUGGCCGCGGUGGCGCCGCUGCUCAGCCCCUACACGAAGUACUCCGGCAUGAUCAACCGCGCGACGCCCUACGUGUACCCAGUGCCCGUGCGAGACGACGGCAACAUGCCCGACAUCCCCUCCCACCCCUGCGACAAGGAGGGGCCCAACCUGGAGUGGCUGAAGAAGCUGUGACACGGCAAGGGCCCUGGGGAGUUGGUCGCCGUGACGUG